GGUCAUCCUAACCUGGAGAUGGAAAAAGAGCGAAGAGAUGGCUCCAAAGGAUAAUGGACAGACUUUUCCGUAAUGCUGACAUUGACUGAUGGUUGCCGUGAAGUUCUGAAGUCUUGCUGUGCCAGAAUAUCAAUCUAUGCGGAGUAUUUGAGGGUCACUAUCCUACUGAGGGUCUUUAAGGACAACCAAGGUGUUUCUGCAGACAGAAACUGUGUUUGGUUCAUAGAACAUGUUAACCUGGACUUUUUCCUUCAAGCUGCCUUUGUCAGAUUUUAUUUUAAUUUCAGAGAAGUGCUUUUUUCCCCACCUCAACUGAUCAAGUCCUUGUUAAUCAAGUCAGAACAAGGCGGCUUUUUUUUAAAAAAAGUAUAUCCUGCUGUUGUUUUUCAAGAAAGAGGUUUCUUGUUGUGUUUUUGUCCUAAAUACUUAAUUUUAUUUUUUUUUAAAGGUAGCCGAGUCUUCAACAUUAAUCCUACACAGAAGCAUGGCACAGAGUGUUGAAAAACUGAGACGGAUUUGGAGUUUGCUUGCUUGAAAUGAUUGUCGCUGUUCAGAUGAAACAGAUGUAGUAUUUUGGGGGAUCUGGGCUUUGUACGUGUUUCACUUUGAUUUAAUUUCAAACAAUCAAAUGACCGGGCAAACGGAAGCAGGGUUUAUGAAGAAGAAGAAAAAUUCCGGAGAUGUUUUGAGAGCAUCCAGAGUGACCAGAAACCCUGUCUUCUUAUUUUUUCUGUUCAAAAUUAUUUUGAUCUGUCUGGUUCCGUAUUUUUUUUGGUCAUUCAUAAGAAGGCAGCUGAGUUAAGGGUGGGGGAUCCAGCAGAUUGAGUUACAAAACUUUGCAGGCUAUGAGAGAACCCAUUCUCUAUUGCUUGAGUACACAACUACUGGAUGUAGGAUUCUUAAGAGAACCAGGAAUGCUCCACAGGACUAAAUAUAGUCGUUUCAGAAAUGAGUCCCUCACCUCACUGGAGGAAGACACGUCCAGUGAUCUCCUUCGCCUAAAGGCCUCUUCAGCUUCUCCUUCCACUCCAUCUACCACACUCACUGAAGAUGUCCCAGCUGGUACCUCGGACAGCUCCAUUUCUUUGUGCACCUUGGUACCUCGCAUGGCGAACGUUAAGCUGACCAACACUUCCACCUUACCAACCCUGAAGAACUUCUGCUUACGAACGAAAGAGGUGCCAAGGUUUAAACUCACGGAAUGCAUCACUGUCCAGAGCAGCCCAACCGUGCCAGAAAUCGGCUUAAGCAGCUCCUUGUCUUCUGCUUAUCCCCAGGGAGACCCUGACAAGGUGUUCAGGUCCAACCCAAACACCCAAGAGAACUGUGUUUUGUUAGCUGUGGGGGACUCUGCUUUCCUGUCUAAACCAGGCAAACAUCUUGGGCAAAAAGGUGAAUCCAACUUGGAGACUGGGAUAUCCUACGCUGCCCGGUAUAUGGGCUGCAUUGAAGUCCUACAAUCAAUGAGGUCUUUGGAUUUUGGCACUCGGACCCAAGUAACCAGGGAAGCAAUAAGUCGUCUGUGUGAAGCUGUGCCAGGAAUACACGGGAACACCAAAAAACGGAAGCCUCCCGCUAAAUUUCUUUCUCCUGUGCUUGGCAAAAGCAAUCUUCAGUUUUCUGGCAUGCAUAUAAAACUGACCAUCUCAACAACCAGUCUUACUUUAUUGAACUCCGACAGCCAUCAGAUUAUUGCAAACCAUCAUAUGCAGUCCAUUUCAUUUGCCUCUGGAGGGGAUCCAGAUACUACAGAUUAUGUCGCCUAUGUUGCUAAAGAUCCUGUUAAUCAAAGAGCAUGCCAUAUUUUGGAAUGUCCCUCUGGAAUAGCUCAAGAGCUCAUCAAUACCAUCGGACAAGCUUUUGAACUUCGGUUCAAGCAAUACUUGAAAACUCCUCCUGCUUUGAUUGCUUCCAAAGAAAGAGAAGGGGUGAGUCUUGAUGGAUCUACCUGGAAUAUUCAAGAGAAGGAGGACUGUGGAUACUAUAAUGAAAUUCCUGGGAAGGAACCUCCUGUAGGUGGGCUGUCAGAUGUCAGACUGAAGAUAAUCCCAGAAGAAAGGAUCAACCGGCCCAUCCAGACUGAGCAGCAACUAUGUGGAGAUGAUAGUCCCAGUUGUAAGCAGCUUUAUGAAAACUGUCCAGAUGAGCAACGAGCAGUAGAUGUCAGCAAAUCAACUCAGCCAGCAAAUCAAGAUGCUCCAUUGCUGAAAAUUAGCAGCAAAGUGGAUCUUUUUGAUGACCCUCGAUAUAUCAAUACUCAAAACUUUCAAGCUACAUCAGAAGCCUUGGAAACUGUAGAGCAGAAAGGAUGCGGGGACAUGGCAGGCCUCAGAUGCAUCACAGAGGCAAAGACGGCUCUUUGGAAUGAAGAAUGUUAUCAUGGGAAGAUAUCCAGGAGACAAGCUGAGAAUCUCUUGAGAAACAAUGGAGACUUUCUGGUACGGGAGAGUACAACGUCACCUGGCCAAUACGUCCUGAGUGGGCUGCAAGGAGGACAAGUGAAGCAUCUCUUGUUGGUGGAUCCUGAAGGCAAGGUUAGAACCAAAGAUCAUACAUUCGACAGUGUGGAUCAUCUUAUCCGCUACCAUAUGGAGAACAAAUUGCCAAUCAUGUCCUCUGGAAGUGAAUUAAGGCUCUGCCAGCCUGUAAGAAAAGGGUUAGGGGCAUCUGCAUUCUAAGGAAUACUUUUGUUGACUCACAUCCUUUUCAAGAAUAAUUCUUUUAUCACAGUCUCCUCAGCAUUCCUAUUCUGGACUCAUUUUCUGUGCACAGAAUUUGACAAAGAAUAGGAGACACCUCUUGAUGAGGUUGCAGAUGAAUUGUUUGUGUGUUUGUAUAUGUCUAUGUCCAAUGCAUCUGCCUAAUCAAUAUUUCUCAACUUCAACAACUUUAAGUUUGUGUGGACUUCAAU